UUUUGGUUAUAUUUUUGUUAUAAAUAUGUUUUUCUGUUGAUAGAGUUUUGAAACUUUAUAACAUAACAGAACAGUACAAAACAUCCAUGAUUCGUAGCGCAAGUUCCUUGGUCCAGAUUAAACUGGUUGAACAAGAGCGAUUAUGUUACAGCCAAUCAGCUUUUUGCUCUCAAAUGGUGUUAAAGCCAAUCAGAGCUUAUAAAAGACCCCUGAAUCUAGCGACAAUAACGACAAUGGCGGCCAAACAGCCACCAAGCUGCUUUAAAAAGUGCACGCUUUUCCAAAUAUAAGGAAAAAGCGCCCUCUGAGAAUCUACAGAAUCGUGGGCCAGCUCAGGUUCUGCAGAUUAUGAGGUACUCUUUCAACGAUGAUGAGUACAUGGUAAUUCGAACAGCCCUCGCAACGAUUGUAGCAGCUAAGCCGCAUUCUGCAGACGUUGAACGUUUGAUCAGCACAUGCAAGAAAAUAAAAACAAAUGACUGUGCCUUCCUGUCUCCGCAAAGCAUGUUCAAUUAUCUGUAUGUGUCUCAAAACAUGCCAAGCGUAUCAGAAUUUGACCCUACUUCAACUGCUUUGUUUUGGAUAAACAAAAAGCAACAACGGGAACAUUAGGUAUCGAAAGCAAAGGAGCAAGAAUGGUUCCUUAAAGUAUUUCCGGAAGCAGUUGAUGCCUACAAAGAGAGAAGGAUCAGAAAAAAUGAAAAAGCAAACCUGAUGUCGAUUUCUGAAACCUGAAAUAAUUGAAACGGAUCAGCUUACUCUAAGGCCCCCAAUAAAUGGAUUCCCCCCAUUAUUAGUUUCUCGAAAAUCUUAAGUUUUACUUUUCGAUGUUCAAUUCUAUUUCUAUUAAAAUUGAACGGAUAGUUAUGUCUUGACAGUAUUAAUUUGGAACUGUCUAGCUGUUUGUGAAAAAUAAGGACAAACGGGAUCGUUUAUUGGAAACAAAAGUUCUUUCUAGAUUUUGAAACGACACGGGCUCCCUAAGAGCAAAAGUAUUGUUCCAUUUCGAACCUUGAAAUCUUGCUGUUCAAUAUGAGCCUUCGCUAACAAAAGAGUGUCUACGUGAAGUAUUUGCAGAAUUAUCAGACACCGUAGGUCUCAGGUGAGAUUCCUUUCAUUAUGCUCAGUACAAGACGUUCCAAUGGCGAGUACGGUUCUAGGUGUAAUCGACGGCAGCAUCAGUAAAUAGCGCUGUGAUUUCUAUGGUUGUGAUAAACAACUAUGGCAGCGAUUGAGAUAGUGCCUCUCUCUGAAGAAGAUACAGAAAAGCUAAAGAAGGUUUACCCAAACCCGUUUGUCAAAUUGGGGCUGAGGUUCAUUCGAGUGAAGCCGAGCAAUUGUGUGCUCCCUUCUGCUUAUGAGAAGUACAAAAACCAAUUCAAGAACUGGGAUGUGCGGAAAGACGAUGUCUACGUGUUAACGUUUGCCAAAAACGGCACAACUUGGUCACAGGAGCUCGUUUGGUGCCUUCAGAACAACUGUGACAUUGAAAAGGCAACAGGUAGUCUCUUACAUGAACGUGUGCCAUUUUUAGACAUGGCGGUUCUUUCUGACCACGUGAAGCAUUUGGCAUCAGUCAAGACGGUAGAUCCUUUAAUUCUGGCUGAAAACAUGGAUUCACCAAGGGUUUUAAAAUCCCACCUCCCAUUUUGCCAUUAUCCAGAUGACAUGCUUGACAAAUGCAAGGUUGUCACAUGCUUGCGAAAUCCAAAGGAUACUGUUGUUUCCUUUUACUUCCACGAAAAAUUGAUAAAACUUCAUGACUACGAUGGAAGUUUUGAAACAUACUUUGAUCUCUUCAUGGAAGACCUCAUACUUUACACACCGUAUUUCGAGUUUGUGGCUGAAGCAUGGAGGAGAAGAGAUCACCCGAAUCUUUGUAUCUUGUUUUUCGAAGAUAUGAAAGAGGAUUUGGCCAGCUGUGUCAGAAAGGUGGCUAAGUUUCUCGGGAAAGACGUCACAGAGCAACAAGUUCAGAUUCUAGUUGACCACUUGAGCUUCAAAAAGAUGAGAAGAAAUAGCUCUGUGAACCUGGAAAGAUUUCAGGAUGGGAAGAUCUUGGAUAAAGAAGGGAGCUUUCUUCGGAAGGGAGAAGUAGGGGAUUGGAAAAAUUAUUUCACUGAUGCGAUGAACAAGCGAAUGGAAGAGGCAACUGAGAAAUAUCUAAAGCCGAUUGGACUUGAGUUCAGAUACGAGUAGUCAAAUUUUUCAGGAUAAACUUAUACAAAUAUCAUAAACACUGGAUUCUUUUGUUUUAUGUUUUGUUUUUCUUUGUCUUCGACAGCAUGGGAAACCACAAGGGAUUGCCUGCCUUUUCAAUUUUGUCCACUGAGAGAAACGGUUUACAAUACUGUUAUCCCAAGGGACCAUGCCAUGCACCAUGCCGUGCACCAUGCCAUGCACCAUGCCAUGUCAGGCAACCGCAGCAUAGGUUCCAAAUCUUUGAUUGGCUGAGCGACCUAAAAUUCUGCAUACCCCAUUAGCCAAUCAGAAUUCAAGAAAAUGACAAUAAACUUACCUCGCAGCUAAAUUUAGGCCUAUUUUGGACGUUUUUACCACUACCCACAAAAAUAAUAGUGUAAAAUGUGCUAACAUAAAUUUUCUUUAAAAAAUUGAGUCUUUGAUGAAUUUACGAAGAAACUGCCGUUGUACUCAGCAAAAAGUUUUCCGCCAUCGUUAGUUACAAAGGCUUGAAACUGUCUCUUUCAAAUCUUUAUAAUCAUUAGGGUGGAGGGAGAACAGAGAAAUGACAGUUUUUUAACCUUAAAGUUGUUUUAUCAACGUAAUUAACAAAUAUGAACUUACCUUCACAAGCCAAUGUUACAAUCUUUUCUUGUCGUCAUUGAUGUUUGUGUUAACGACGAAAUAAAUCACUAAUUUCCACUGAGAGAAAAUGCAGUCCACCUUUCUCUUAAUUGUACAAUUUCCUUUGCGCUCAGGUACUUUGAAUAUUCAUUUUAAAGACUUGGAGACUGAUGGGAAGCUCAUAUCCACUGAUGUUCACUGCUACGGCCUUGUAAAAGCUGACGCAAUUCGUCAAGGAUGAAAAGGGCGGGAAAAUGAAAUAUGCAUCAUUCUCGAAAAUUUACUUUGCUGCAACUAAGGCUUUUAAAGAUCCGAUAAAAACGAAGCGUGUCAAAGGCUGACAAAUCCCAAUAUCGAUGGCUGGGCCAAGAAACAUGAAGUUCUUCCCAGAUAAAUUUCAUUCUCUUUUAAUCUAAGGCCCAUGGGAGAGGGGCAUUUGCGAAAUAUUUGUACAGGAGUGUCAGAUCACA